UUCAAAGUCCAAUUAAGAAAUCGAAUAUAAAGAGAGCUGAAGAGGAAUUAUUGAUAACAAGUCCGAAGGAAAUAAAUUACGCAUUUCGAGAAUAACGAAAGUUUGGGAAAAACAAUUUAUUUCUUUGUUUCAAGAACUGACAACAAGUAACGAUGAUUGGCAUUCGCAGAUGUGUUGCGAUUCUAAUGUUUUGCAGUAUUUCUUAUGCUGCAAACUUAAAAUCUCCGACGUUUAGUAGAACUUAUACCGCGAAAGGUACAUUGUAUAUCCCGUACGCCGAAAUACGCGAACCUUUCUAUGCAUGGUACGACGGAAAAACUGGAUCCAGUCGAAUCGAUUAUUAUGGAGGGGUAGUUAAGACCUUACAACUUGCCAACAAAGGAUUGUACGGUUCUAGUAUCAAGAUUGCACCUAUUACCACGGAAUCUGUCUUGAAUGAAGAAACGUGCCUUCAAGUAAAUGGAUCUAGUGAUUUUAAAAUUCAUCCGCAAAGUAUUAUUCCUGAUACAAUCGGAAUGGAGUGUAUCGGAGAGGAAAUUAUAAAUGGCUUGUCGUGUGAAAAAUGGAGGCUCGUUGAAGACUUUGGUGACAAACAAAAUAAAUAUACACUGUGGAUACGUUAUAAGAAAUCUCCAUAUCUACCACAAAAGAAGGAACCCAUACCGGUGAGAUACGAAAUGAUUGGUUUCAACAGUUUGCUAGGUUCCCAUUAUGAUCAUUAUUAUCUGGAUUAUGAUUGGUACUCCUUCGACGUUCCCAGUCCAGAUGUCUUCACAGUUACGGAAAAUUCUACAUGCGUUAGUUUCCCCGGACCUGGGGAUAAUCAUAUAUAUACGUUCAAUCCUAUGCAGGAAUUUGUCCAUAAUUACGAUGAGCACGUAAAUGUAGCAUUUAGGAGGUUUAAGAAAACGCAUAAAAAAUAUUACAACAACGAAACCGAACAUAUUAAUCGCAAGGAAUUAUUUCGACAGAAUAUGAGAUUCAUUCAUUCGAUCAACCGUGCAAAUUUGGGCUAUCAACUGGAUGUGAAUCAUUUGGCCGAUCGUUCUACUCUUGAAAUGAAAGCUUUACGUGGUAAACAGUAUACAAAAGGUUACAAUGGCGGUGAACCAUUUCCUUAUGAUAUUGAACAGGAGAUAGCUAAUGUUCCUGACAGUAUAGAUUGGAGAUUGUAUGGUGCUGUGACGCCAGUUAAAGAUCAAUCCGUUUGCGGAUCCUGUUGGAGUUUUGGCACAACCGGUGCAGUGGAAGGGGCAUAUUAUAUGAGAUAUGGGAAAUUAGUACGCUUAUCUCAACAGGCGCUCAUCGACUGUUCAUGGGGCUUUGGUAAUAACGGAUGCGAUGGCGGUGAGGAUUUUCGUUCUUAUCAAUGGAUCAUGAAGCAUGGUGGAAUACCAUCUGAAGAUGAAUAUGGCGGUUAUUUAGGCCAGGACGGAUAUUGUCAUAUUAACAAUGUUACUAUGGCAGCUAAGAUCUCGGGAUACGUUAAUGUCACAUCAGGAAGCGUGGAUGCUUUAAAGGUAGCUUUAGCGAACCAUGGUCCAAUUUCUGUUGGUAUCGACGCAUCUCACAAAUCAUUUUCCUUUUAUUCGCAUGGUGUCUAUUACGAACCCGCGUGCGGUAAUACGGUGGACAAGUUGGAUCACGCUGUCCUAGCUGUUGGCUAUGGUGUAUUGAAGGGAAAGGCUUAUUGGCUGAUAAAGAAUUCAUGGUCAAAUUAUUGGGGUAACGAUGGUUACAUACUUAUGGCGCAAAAGGAUAACAAUUGCGGCGUUUUGACCGCACCAACGUAUGUUACGAUAUAACAGGGAUUUAUUUAUUUUUUUUUUCUUUUUCUUACUGAGAUUAAAUUUAUCUAAAUACUCUUUAUGCAGUUAACUACA